AUGACCAGGAUUCUGUUGCAGAGUUCUGAAUUUCUGAUAAAAUUUGUUUUUGCUGCACAGCAGAAGCACAAGGAGAAACGCCUGGAAAGGGCGGAAUAUAAGGCCGCCGAGGCGGGUGGGCGGGGCGCCAAGCAGGAACCCUCUUCCCCUUCUUUCCCCUCCAUCGCCUCCUCUUACUCCCUUCUCCUCUUUUCCAGUUACUGCUACACCUGCCAGACCCACGUGCCUCCCCGCUGCGGGCACUGUUUCGCCUGCAACGUCUGCGUCCUCCGGCGCGACCACCACUGCACGCUGCUCGGCCAGUGCGUGGGCUACCAGAACUACCGCUACUUCAUGUGCCUGCUGCUGCACAGCUCGCUCGCCCUCCUCUUCGGCUGCGUGCUCAAUGUGGGAGUGGUCGCGUCCGUGCUCCAGGGGGGCCACCCUGCUCAGACAAUCCUGCUUCUUGUUCUGCCUUGGCUGAUGCUCCUGAUGGGGCAGGUGGACAUUGUUGCCUUCUGCUACGCUUUUGUGACGGACGCCUGCGUUGUGGGCUUCCUCUUCUCCACCGGCUUCCUCCUCUUCCACAGCCUCCUGGCUGUGCGCGGACAGACCACGAAGGAAUGGUUUGAAGGAGAUCGCCAAUACGACAUGGGCUGGCGGGACAACCUGCGUGAGGUCUUGGGGGAAAGAUGGUAUCUGGUGUGGUUCCUGCCUUUCCUUGCUUCCCCUUUGCCGGGAGACGGGAUCACCUUCAAAACCAAAGGUCCCGGAGCGGAAUCGCCCCCCAGAUCCCUCCGUCUCUGAAGAGGUCUCCGGUCCAUACUGCAUGAAGGAAGAUCUCAUCCUUGUGUGCGAAGAGCCUCCUUGCCUUCUGCUCAAAAACAGAUGAUUUUGGCAAUGAACUCUUAGGGUCUUCCAUGACCAUCGUGUUUGCUUCUGAGCAUGGGUGGCCUCUGCUUUCAUCUGGUUUGGUCAUUUUCCCCCCAUACACACCGUGGGUGUACUCAUCGGCAACCUGAAAUGGUUCGCGUUGGCAAAGGAAAGACAUUUACAUGAAGAACUAGACCAUCCUAUUUGGGCUGGAUUAAUCUCAGUGAGAUGGUUGAUGCUGGGAUCCAGUUUCUUUGCUGCCUCUCUUGUAGACGUCGUAUUUCCCCACCAGCUUACUUCUCUGUACCCGCGUGAAUAUUUUGCAUUCCUUAUUCUCUCAGGUUGGACUAGGAAGAAGAAGUUAGACACAACACACAAAACCCUAUCCGAGUCAAGUGGCCAUAGCUUUCGCUUCCCCUUGAUGAGGUUCGUGUUUAGGGUACGCAGGAAAAAGACAUUCCACAGAAGCGAACAGAGUCUGGGCAUUAGGCAGUUCUGGCAUAGAACUGAGUGGAGGAAUUCUUACAUUUUUUUUUACUCAUUAAUUUUUUAAAAAACUCUACCAGCCAUGUCACAGCACCCGGGAUUCUUGCACUGCAGCUUGUAGCUUUUUGUAAAUACCUGCACGUACUCUUGUAAAAUGUUGUCAGUUUUCUCAUCUCUCGGCUCAUGCCCUGCUUGCCUGGAAAGUCUGCACAGCUACAAACCCAGAACACGGGAUGGGUGAGAAGGAUGGGAGGGAGGAAGGAUGGGAG